AUGAGCCUCCUUAUCUGCCUGCUCUCCGUCUGUCUCGACGGUUUCUCUCCUUUAAAAUAUGAUGUUUUAUUCAUUCAGAAAGAGAGAAAAAACAAUAACUCCAAGGGCGGGAUCCCUCCCGCCCGGCCUCCCAAAACUCAUCUCAUCUGGUUGUCAGAUGGGGAGUUGGAGGGGCAUUUUGCUGGUGCUGAUGCUGCUGUGGCUGUUGUUGUUGCUGUUGUUUUUCUUGUUGCUGUUAUUGUAGUAGCCAGUGGUGGUGAUGAUGUUGUUGUCGUAGCUAGUGGUGCUGAUGAUGUUGUUGUCGUAGCUAGUGGUGCUGAUGAUGUUGUUGUCUUGAGUAUAGUCAGAUACGCUACCCAAGCAGUCUUUUAUACCACCGGAUUUUCAAAUCUAGGAAACUACUCUCCACAUUAG